AUAGAAGAGGGGGUUUUACUUUUUACGAUUUGCUGUGAAUCGAUUAUCGAAGUAGAAUGAGCGGCUCUGGAACUGCAGAUUUCUUCUACAGAGAAGCUCAGCGACUUGGUUAUGUUGCUCGCUCGGCCUUCAAGUUUUCGGUUAAUUAUGGUUGGAACUUGGAAGUGCAGCUACUCCAGAUUCAGAAACAGUACAAAUUGAUAACACCUGGUUCCUCUGUUGUUGACCUAGGUUGUGCUCCUGGUGCCUGGCUUCAGGUAGCUUGUCAAAGCCUUGGUCCAUUGAAAAACGGAGGUGUUGUUGUUGGCAUUGAUCUUAAGAAGGUGAAGGUUCCAUCUACUCAUUGCGAUUCAAGGGUUUCAACUGUUUGUGCAGAUGUCAUGAACCUUCCCAAACAUCAACUUCUAAACCUCUCCCCUCAGAAGAAAGGAUUUUCAGUUGUUUUAUCAGAUAUGUGUCCACUUGUGUCUGGAAUCACAACAAGAGACGCAGCUUUAUCAAUGGAAUUAGGUAUGCGGGCACUUGAUUUGGCACUUGGAAAAACUGAAAAGCAGCCUAACCAAGAGGAAGAAGAAGAAGAUGAUGUUGGUGUACUGAAAGCUGGAGGGCACCUUAUUGUCAAGCUUCUUGAGAGCGAGGAUACAAAAGAGUUGAGCAAGAUCUGCAAGCCUUUAUUUAGGAAGUCGUCAUGGUUGAGGCCUAAAGCUACAAGAUCAAACUCUAGGGAGAUUUAUUUAAUUUGUCAGGAUCUGCAACAUUAAUUACAGAAUUUUCAAGAAAAUGAUAUUCUAGCUUAUGCUUGCAUCACAAUUUAUUUUUAGUAUUAAAUAUCAUUUUAUAGGUUUUUAA